UUUCACCGGUCGUAUUGAAUAGUUGAUAUAAAUCGGGUGGCAAAUUAUAUAUUUUUUUCCUUUUAUUUAAUACCGUUUAAUUGUUUUUUUUAUUAUUUUGUAAUUAGAAGGAAGUUGAAAAUUUUUUCGUGCAUCUUAAGUGAAAAAUUAAAAAAUUUGUAAACUUUUAUUUUUAAUUUUUUUUUUUUUGGUAAUUGUUUUAAAAAAGUGAUAUUUAAAACUAAGAGGAAAAUUUCGAUAUUAUUUUAAAGAUUUUUCAUCUUAAUAUGGUAAAAAUUAUUUAGAAAUAGAAGUGAAAAAAUUUUGGAAUUUUUGAAAACCCUAAAUAUAACUGUGUGGCGGAAUGGAUUACGUUUAAAAUUGUUCAAUAUAAAUAAAAUCUUUUGAAAAUAAAUUGUUGUGGCAUUUUAUAAAAAUGACUUCCAACUAAAAAGGAUUACAAAAAUUAUAAAUUUAAAAAUUAUUGAAAAACCAAAUUAAAAUUUUAUUAAAAAAAGUGUAAAUAAAAAAAGUGAACCUCAAAAAAGAAAAUAUUACAUUUAGUAAAUUUGAAAAAUAAUUAAUUGUAAAAAAAUUCAAUAUGGAUAAAAAUUCUGAUCAAAGAGCAAAACCUAUUUUAAGUCCAACCAGAUCACUUGAUGAAGGUUUCGAAAGUGAUCCAGAUCGUAUUUCAACAGAUUCUGAACAAUCAACUGCACCAUCAUCAUCUUCUAGUACUACAUCAUCACCAACAGUUACAGCAAAAAAUUCCAAACAAAAUUAUCAACAAGUAUCACAACCAAUCGCAAAAAUAACAACUACCAAAUCAGGAUCAACAAAAAUAAUUUCAUCUGAAUCGGGUGCAUUCGAUGUUCUUCAAUUAACAGAUCGUGAUGGUGUACAACAUACACAAAUAACAAGACGUCAAAGUGAUUCUUCAACAAAACAGCAACAACAAUUACAAAAACAAAAUAAUCGUCCAACAACAAAUUGUUUAAUUGUUGAUUCUGGUACAAAAGUUUCAAUACCACGUGCUGGGCCACCACAACGUAUUAUAAUUUCUUCAUCAUCGGGUAUCGUUAAAACGAAUUCGAAUAGUAAUAUUAAUAAUAUUACUCCACCCAUCAAUAAUAAUAAUAAUAAUACCGGUUGUACUAAUAAUAAACAUAUUACAAUAAAUAAUUGCGCGAAUGCAUUGAAAUUAAAGGCACCGUCAUCUUCAACAUCUUCAUCUGGAUUAGCAUCUGGUACUGCAAUUGCAUUAUCUAUUGGAGGCGUUAAUAAUAAUAAUAAUAAUAAUAAUAGUAAUAGCAGUAGUAGCGGUAUAAUAAAAAAAUAUAUACAACAGCAACAGCAGCAACAUUAUCAAAAAAAUCAAAAUCAUCAUCGUGCUCAUAUUGGCGGCGGUUUUAAAUCAUCUAAGUCAUGUGUAUUAUCUUCAUCAGGAAUUAUUGUUCAUUCAAAUGGAUCAACAAUAUCAAAUGGAAUAAUAACAGGUACAUCGUCUUCAUCACCAUCAACAUCAUCAUAUUCAUCGUCAUUGCAUCACAAUAAUCGUGGAUAUCGUCGAUUAAAGAUGCGUGCACCAUCACCGCCUAUUAUAAUACCUACAGCAGCAGCAACAACAUUAGGAAUAUCAGGAAUAAAUACAAAUGGAAUAACAUCAUCAACAUCAAUUGCCAAUAUACCAGAUACAUUGAUGAUAAAUAAUAAUAAAUAUAUGAAUCGUAAUGUAAUAUCGUCGUCAUCAUCAUCAUUCAAUGGUGGUAAUAAUAACAUAAAUAAUAAUAAUAAUAAUAAUAAUAUUCAUUCUGGUAUAACAUCAUCAACAAUACAACAUUCAAUAAUAGGAAAUUCAAAUAAUAUUGUUGGUGGUGUUUCUUCAACAGCUUUAUCAACAUCAAUUAAUUCUUCUUCUUCCUCUUCUUCUUUACCAUCAUCUGCUGUUGCUGCAUCAUCUUCUUUUUCUUCUUCAAUUGGAUCAGGUGCCACAGCCGCAUUAUCAUCAUCAGCUAUAAUAAAUACAACAGCAAUAACGACAACACAACCAACAUUAUCAACAAAUAAUAGUAAUUUAAUCGAUUUAAAAAAUAAUCGUCUAUUAGCAUCAACGAAUAGUCUAUAUACAUUUUAUCCAGCUGAAGGUAGUUUAAAAAUUUGGCCAUCACAAAAUGGUGGUCUAAAUUAUAUGUCAAGUCGACAUAAUACAAAACAAUCAUUACAAGCACCAAUAGCUUGUUGGACACAAUCGAUUCCAAGGCAGCCCAGACGAUAUAUGAAUCCAGUGUCACAGCAUCAUGUAUUAUCAACAACAAAUGGUACAAAUAAUAUUGUAACAACAUCACAACUUAGACCAGUUAUAUUAGCAUCAACAUCACCAAAUCAUGGUAAUACAAUAGCAACACAAUCACAACAAUCACAGCAACAGCAAUCACAACAGCAACAACAACAACAACAAAUUAUAGUAUCAUCAUUAAAUAGCAACGGUAUUGGUAUCAUUAAUACUCCAUUAAAUUUAAAUUCAAAUUCUAGUUUAACAUCAUCAUCGACGACAACAGGAUCCACAUCAUCAUCAUCAUCAACGGGAUUUUCACAAAAAUUACGUGAAUUAGCUGCAUCAGCAGGUUUAGUAUCAUUAAAACCUCGUCAACCAUUAAAACCUGUUAUUAAAACACGUGGUUCACCUGGUCCUGAAUAUCCAAAGAAAGUGACUUUUAGUGCAUUUGCAACAGUUCAAGUUGUAUGAAAAAAAAAACAAUAAUAAUAAUAAUAAAUAAACUGUUAUACACUAUAUUUGAAACGAAAUAGGAAAAAAAAAGAAACAAAUUGUGAUUAUAAAUUGAGUUAAAAAAAAAUAAAAAAAAAAAUAGAAAUUAUUAAAAGUUAAAAAAAAAAAAAUAUUAAAAUUUGGAAUGCGUCCAUUUGUUUACAUUUUUUUUUUAUAUAUAUAUUAUAUAAACUGUUAUACACGGGUAUAACAUUUAUAAUACGAAUAAAUAUAAAAAUUUUGAAAAAAAAAAUCUAAGAUGAAAAGUGAAAAAAAAAAUUUCUAUUUCUAUUUUCUGGACUAAAAUAGAAAAGAAAUUUCUAAUUAAAAAAAAAAAAGACAAUCUAAAAAUUUUAUUUACCAAUAUACCAAAAUAUAAUUUUUUUGUUUUAAUUCAAGAAAUUGAAGAAAUUGUAAAAAUAAAAUAUUUAUAAUAUGCUCAUAAAAAAGCAAAAAAACAAUAAUAAUAAAAUUCUACAUAGUUGUUACCAGUUACUCUUUUAGCUUACUGUUUUUGAAUAUAACACUACAUAUACAUGCAUAUCAUAUAUAUAAUUUUUAAAUAACAAACACACUAACCUGUCUGAUCUUACAUAAAAUCUUUAGAAUUAAAUUUUUUUAUUUUAUAUAAUAGAAAAAAAUAUAGAGAGUCAACUAAUUUUUAAUAACUUUUACUUCUCUUUAAAAAUUCUCUUACUUCUCUUUAACUGUAUGAGAGUGAAAAUGUCAAAAUAAAAUCGUAAAAUUAUGGGAGUGGGGUAUAAGUUUCGAGUUCUUUUGACAGAAACACUCUGCAAAAUUGGAAUUUUGAAUGUACUUGAGUGAAAUUUUUCUACAAAUUUGAUUUUUUCUUAUUUUUCAUGAAAUUUUGAAUUGUUGCCAUUUUGAAUUCCAAUUCUGUUUCAAUUUUGUUCUGCAAAAACCCUGUAUAUUGUUUUAAACUUAAUACGUAAGAGGUUUCUUGGAAAGAAAUAAUUGAAUUCGUUUAUUCCACGCCUCAUAUACUCCAUUAAAUGUAUUCCAAUAGAGCUAUACAGUUUAUAAUUUUGAGCGUAUAUUUUGACUAAAUACUUCAUAAAACUUUCAUGAUAAAUCACAUGUUCUAAUAAUGCAUAUACGAGUACAUGACAAAAUUAAACAAACAACAGCAACUAGGAAAUUUUAUUUGUAUGGUAAUUAGAAAAAUCUCAAUUUCAAAAAUUUCAAAUGUCAAAAUUUUUUAAAGGUAAUUAGAAUGGUAACCAUUAGAAUCACAUUUCAUUUAUUAAAAUAGUAUUUAACCCAAUUUUUCUCACCGUGU